AUGAGCAAAAUGCCCGUUCCCGAUGGAUCCAACACUAAGAAGACUUACUACAGGAACAAGAACAUCCAAGCGAAGAGGAAGCCCAAUAAUGGUGGUGGAACUUCGAGUCAAGAGUCGGCUCCUCGAAACUCGCAGCUGACUCGUGAAGAACGAGCUCAAAACCUGCAGUAUCGCAACAUUAACAUGCAGAAGUAUGAACAGAUGAUAGGCUCUGCUAAGGACAACUUCGCGGAUAUUCCACAAGGAUCUGGCCCAGUCGAGGAAUGCACGAUUUGUUGUAAGACGAGCGAUAUAUUUGGAAUAGGAACAUGCCGUCAUCCUAUCUGUAUAGAGUGCGCAAUUCGAAUGAGAGUUCUGUCCAACAGUAGCCAAUGUCCCGUGUGUAGAACGACUAUGGAAACGUUGUGGUUGAUGUUUGUAUCGGCUGGGUUGGACACUGUGCUCCUCAGUUUCCCGUCGUUGAAACAUCCGGACGAGGAAAGAUUCUCCAUUCAGUUCCAGAAUGCAGAUGUUCUUAAACGUUAUGAGAAGUAUCUGUCUCACGUAUGCAAAAUUUGUAAGAGCCGUGAUGGUGAACGAUUGGAAUUUCCCACAUUUGUUUCGUUGCGGCAUCAUAUGUCGAGUGCUCAUGAAUUGAUUUACUGCCACAUUUGCACUGAAAACAUCAUUCUUUUCUCAAGAGAACGAAAGACAUAUACUCGAGACGCUCUUCAACGGCACAUUCGUACUGGAGAUAGAGAUGACAGAAGUCUGAAAGGUCAUCCUUCUUGUUUAUUCUGUGACCAGCGGUUUUUCGACGAGGAAUUCCGCUACCGUCAUCUUCGAAAGGAACACUUCUUUUGUCAGUUUUGUGAGACUGAGGGAAAACAUCUCAAUGUAUUCUUCGGCGGUCAUGCUGAGCUGCUAGAGCAUUACAAGGAGAAACACUUCCUAUGCGAUUUCGAGGAAUGCAGAGCUAUGGGGAUCGCCUUUUCAAAUCAAAUGGAUCUUAAUCUGCACAAGUCGAAGGAACACAGUGGUCGUCGUGCCCCCGUGGCAAUCGAUUUUCAGUUCAGUGAUCGCCAGUUGGCAGGGCCUUCACGGUUGGUUUCUUCGUCUUGGGCGCACCAUUUACUUUAUAAUGGUCCUCUUUGUUCCAUUAGGACUCGGCGAGAUGGACCACCAAGCGCUCCCAACGUUCCACUAGCACGACGUGACAAGAUCGCGGUUGUCCAGCAAGAACCACCUCCGCAGCCUAAACGGACGGCCGACGAGUUUGUCGUCGUACCGUCAGCGCAACGUAGAACACAGACCGUUCGUUAUAGUAUCGCACCAGCCUUCACUCCUCAAACACGGGACUUUCCAAGCUUGGGAAAUUCUACCUCAGAUCCGGCUCUCAACAGUUUGCGUCCGGAUAACUUCCCCCGUUUAAAUCGUGUGAACCAUCCUGGUGGAGUACCGAACAGUGUUGCAAAAGCAACUCAGCCUUCGUCAGUGGCAGCGUCAUCUUCUGGAGCGCCUUCGUCUUCACGUGCUCUUCAGAAAAAUCCCUCAUCAGUCCAAUCUUCGAAUCAGCGUCAGGGCGUAGACGACUUUCCUGCUCUACCAACAGCGCAAAAGCAGGGUCAGGCAAGUUCUGCAUGGGUUGGCAAGAAAAGUUCCAAGGUAAGUUUAGGUCUGUCAUCGUUGGCUUGUAAGAUGCCAAAUAGGACUUUGCCACAACCUGACGUAUGGCCGGAAAUAUCAACCACAACGCCAGCCAGAGAAAUAGAACCGGAGCAAUGGCAAGAGGUACCAGCUAAACCCCAAAAGCUGGACAAGAAAACACGGAAAGCGCAGCAGAAGGUCAUCAAGAUGGAUGCUAGUAGUACAUCAGAUGAGACCCAGGAAAAUCCUUCAGCGCUUAGUGCUUCAACCGUUGGUACCAUUGGGAGCGAAGUUCCAACCGACUUUAACAUGGUCAAAGUCACCGGAAAUCUUCCUCCAGUGAAGACCAAGAAAAAGAAGGAUGUGGUCAAGGAUGAUCCAUUGGAAAACCAGGACUGCAAAAUUAGUCAGCCCACUGAGGUGAAAACUGAAGUGGUCUCCGAGUCAAAUGUUGGAUCCAAAGACCUUUUAGCAGAAGUUGAGAAGUAUGUGGAAGAGUCGGCUACGAAAAGUUCUCCUCCAGCUGAAACGGCUUCUCAAAAGUCUUCUAUUUUAAACUGGGUAGUUCACUUCCUCGUCAUCUUCCAUAUUUUCGAACCUAUCACUGGCAAAUGUCAUGGGUGCGAAAAAUGUUGA